AUGAGCAAAAGCUGCGCGGGAAUGCUGGAGGAGAUGCUGAAAUGCGCGGAGCAGUCGAAAUGUUAUCUUUCUCGUUCUCGUUCUCGACGAGAAAACUCCAACUCGGAGGAAGGAGGAGGGAAUGAUGAUGACGCGUUGGAGUUUUGCGUGAACGCGUUGAUGAGGACAACAACAACAACCAACGACGACGACGACGACGACGAGAAUAAUAAUAAUAAUAAGAAUAAUAAGAAUAAUAAGAAUAAGAAUCAAAUAACAGAACUCGGGUUAGACGAGUGCGUGGUGAAGAAGCAGGUGUAUUUGAAGUGCAAGAGAGGACAGAUGGACAUGCGGACGAGGAUGCGCGGGAAUAAAGGGUACUGA